CACGACCUCCAACCUUCACCUCUGGUCUUUCUCUCUGCCUAUCCGACGCUAGCAAGAACCCCUCACGCCUCUUGCAUCUAACUUCGCCAAACAUCAACAAGAAGAGUCCACGGUUCUCCAGACAGAGUCUAAAUCUUUCCUGCGAGUCGGAGACCACCGCCCAUCCGAUAUCCGACACGUCGGAGACCACCGCCCAUCCGGCAUCCGACAUCCGACACACACCGGGCCGCUCGAACCUCAGAUCAGCAAGCAACCAAGCAGAGUACCGUAAGCAUGGGCCUCACCAUCAGCAGCAGGAGUCCGGCCAUGGCAUACUCAGAAGGGGGCAUCUGGUGCAGCACGUUCGACGAGAUGGGACGACGCUGCUGGGUUAACAACGUGACGGGACAGAGGACCUACCAGUUUAUCCGAGGGAGGCCCGUGAUCCCCACUCAGCCGGCGGUGUCGUCGCUGUACGUCGUCCAGCAGAGUCCAAUGCCAGGCCCACACACCGCGCCCUGGGGUCUGCCGUCGCCAGGCUACCCUGCGCCUCCGCCGCCCGCUGCGGCCAUGGUCCCGUGCCAAGCGGGUUAUGGCGACGGUGCCCCCCCCGUCACUCCCGCGGGGAAUGGGGGCCUGGGCCAGCACCUGCAGAAGUACUACCUGAGGCCUUCUUCGGAACGUUCGUGGAUGUGGAACCGCAAUCAGGGCCAAUGAUGGAUGGGCAUCACCACCCGUACGCGCAGAUGUGGGACAAGUCACAGAGCCCACGAUCAACGUUGCACGGGGGGCAUCGUAGACGGGAUGUUGCCCGUUCUACCCUCACCUAGGAGGUUUACUCCGGCUUGGGGCGGGGUGGAACGUAUGUACAGUAAUAGGGCGCCAACAGACGGAAAAGCUCGGGACGGUAGCAUUUAAUUGUAAAUAAUUUUUUCUCACGCGGAAUAUCUGCCGUAAGGCUGGGUGAACCACUUGCGAUGUUUUAUCUCCUGAUAGGAUUCGGUGAAGCACUAUUUUUGAAGUAGACUCGUGUUGUUGUGGUGUAGGUCGGCGAAGUGGUUUGCGUUGGCCCUGUGUGUGGGGGGGGGUCUUGGGUUUUUGCGCGUACGCGGGAUCGGUAGCAGUGCUUUGGCCACAACAAAUCUGUAGUAUGUAUAUGUUGUUUGCGUAGCUGGCGCUCGGGCGCAAAUGCGAUGGUGCCUUAAGGUCCAAGGACGGUGGCAUGACUGCUACGGCCUGUCAAGCCGCUCUCCACUCUGGUCGCCAGGUUGAUAUGUUGCUGCUAGGAACCAGAUUGAUUUGUACAUAUUUAGACGAGAGCGGCUUGGUUUGAGGGUGGGCGUUUGUCUGGUAGCUCUCGCAACUCUCUUGUACUCUCCAGUGACGAGGAAUGAUGCAUGCCCGGGAUAUCCCGCCUGUCUCACGAAGUGCUAAAUUUGGCCAUGCAGUCUACACUUGCAUAUAUCAGCCCUAUUUUAGGGAUGCUCACAGGAGCAGGGGCGGGGAAAAAGGGGGACAGGGGUAGUGGAGGGGCUCAUAUUGUGUGUGCGUGCUUGUAGGAAAUGCUGUACGGUACAUAGCAAAUGAGUCGGGUGUGUAUUCAAUGGAUCACCGCCGCGAGGGGGACAGAUGGAGGAGUAUGUUUCGGCCUUGCUCGUCUUGUGGAUGGGUUCUGCGCCGUGGAUCGAGUAGAUAUGGGUUGGUUGACAUUGAGUCACAAGUUCUGCUGUGCUUUGAACCCCCCAGAGAAACGGGAUAGAGAGGAACAUAGUAUACCGCUCCGGGACAAGUUGUUCUUUCGGGAGUGCAGGCUGUGCUUCAUGUCCGUAUGGCCAGGCUCGGCUGUUUGUUGUUUUCGUCCACCGCGUCUUAUAGCGCGAUCGAGCCGAAGACGUAUCAUGUAAAUGCUGCUGUUGGAGCCAGGCUUAUGUAGGUAAAAUGCAUGGGCGCGCAUGAAAGGGUGUAUGUAAGGGGGGAGGGAGUACAAGCCACCCUUUGUUUUCGGUUCCAGGUGUUGUUAUGGAAUCGUGAACCACACCCUUUUGGUGGGAGUAUUUACGGUGAAAAUUAGGGGCUGGUUUUCAGCCUAGAGAAGCUCGGCUGUUGUCACUCAAACAGAGCUUGGCUGAUGGGCCGGAGUGAUGUAGAAAUUGUAGACUCGCGUGUUGUGGUUCGUAGCUUUAAGUACUACUGUGGAGUUGAAUCGUGCAAGUCGAAGUUGCGGCGUUGCGAAACCUAGCGUUGCCUACGGUUCUCGCGUGCUGCAGCUGCGUUGCUUGGCCCGGCGCCGAUCCACUAGCGGUAGACUAGAUGUAAGUAUUCAGAGCUGUAUAAAGUAAGGGCGACGGACACUUCUCCCUUCCCUUGGUGAACAACAAAAUGUCACGUUCGUGUGGUAGGCGGCCGGGUUUAAGUACGCACGACUCGAGCGGUGUAAGUAACCGUAAAGUGUUGGUACCACCCUCUUUUUUUUGUACGCUCUCGGCGAUGCGAUGGAACAAACGCUUACGGUCACCGUCAACGGAACGCCCGUCCGGUUUUCCGUCGUACCGAGGUUGUUGAAGGAAAACCCGCGAGAAUAUUUUGCCUCGUGGUGAAGACCAUACGUCAUGCCCAAGUGGUUCGUAGUUUCGUCCAAAGGGGUUGGCGGCGUGUGGAGGGAUUAUCUGAAUAUCAAAAGGGAUGCCCGAGAGCGCCGGUGGUACCUAGAUGUAAACAACGGUUGGUGGGUUCUGUGUGGUGAGAUGGUCGUAACCUUCGACCACCCCACCAAACGCCGUAAGUACUUGGAUGGAUUUUGGAUUGGUUGGGGCGUGGCGCGU